AUGUCUUACCGCGGCGGCGGCGGCCGGGGAGGCCGCGGCGGCGACCGCGGGGACCAGCGCCCGCCUUACGGCCACGGAAGAGCAGGGGGAUCCGGAGGCGGCGGUGGCGGCGGCGGAGGCCGGCCCUUCAUCUGGCCGCCACCGCCUUCCACGCCGCGUCCGGUGACGCCGGCCCCGCCGGGGCCAUACCCGCUCCCGGUGCCGAUGGGCUACCGCGGGCCCAUGGUGAUGCCGCACCAGGGCGCGUACGGGGUGCCGAUGGCCGUGUACCGGCCGUCCGGUCAAGCGGCAGUCUUCAGGGCGCCCGCGCCAGCGGCGCCCCAGGUCUCCUUCUCGCCUGCGCCUCCGGCAGCUCCGGUCACAAUCAGGGCGCCGCCAUCAUCAUCCUCGACGACGUCGCCGGCUGCUCCGUCUUCCACUCCGGCCACUCCACGCCAGCCGGCGCCGCAGAGCGCCUCCACGCCGGCGUCCGAGCCGGCCCCGGCCGCCUCCUCCGCGCCGUCGCCCGCGUCCCUGGCGAAGGAGGUGGAGAAGAAGCUCUUCGUCUCCGAGACCGCGCUGGCGCCGCCCGCGGCGGCAGCGCAGGGGACUGCUGCUGCCGGCGCGGAUGACGCGUCGUACUUCGACCUGGCGCCGGUCUCCAAGAAGGGGCUCGCGCACCCCGCUCGGCCGGGCCUCGCCACCGUGGGGAAGAAGGUGAUGAUCCGCGCGAACCACUUCCUCGUCAACGUCGCGGACAACAACUUGUUCCACUAUGAUGUGUCUAUUAAUCCUGAGUCAAAGUCAAGACAAACCAACAGGGAAGUUCUCAAUGAACUCAUCAAGUUGCAUGGGAAGACAGCUCUGGGCGGCAAACUGCCUGCCUAUGAUGGUAGGAAGAGUCUUUAUACUGCUGGUUCACUUCCUUUUGAAUCAGAGGAGUUUGUGGUUACGCUGGUUGAUCCAGAAAAGAAGGAGAAAGAAAGGGCGGAGAGGGAGUACAAAAUCACAAUUCGAAUUGCUGGGAGAACAGAUUUGUACCACCUUCAGCAGUUUCUGCGUGGAAGACAGAGGGAUAUGCCUCAAGAAACCAUACAAGUACUUGAUGUUGUCCUCAGGGAGUCGCCAUCUUGGAAUUAUGUCACAGUUUCCAGAUCCUUUUUCUCUACUACUUUUGGUCACAGAGGCGACAUUGGCGAGGGGCUUGAGUGUUGGAGGGGUUACUACCAAAGCCUGCGCCCAACACAAAUGGGGCUUUCACUGAAUAUAGACAUAUCAGCAACAUCCUUUUUUAAGCCUGUGUCAGUUAUCAAAUUUGUGGAGGAGUACCUGAACAUGCGUGAUACAUCUCGGCCUUUGUCGGACAGGGAUCGUGUGAAGAUAAAGAAAGCAUUACGUGGAGUUCGCAUUGAAACAACUCACCAACAGGAUCAAAUCAGAAGAUACAAGAUAACAGGGGUUACUUCCAUCCCUAUGAGCCAGCUGAUAUUUCCUGUUGAUGAUAAAGGAACAAGAAAUACUGUUGUGCAGUACUUCUGGGACAAAUACAAGUACAGUUUGAAGUAUGGUUCUUGGCCUUGUCUCCAGGCUGGCAGUGAUUCACGACCUGUAUAUUUGCCUAUGGAGGUUUGCAAGAUUCUAGAAGGGCAGAGAUACUCUAAGAAGCUUAAUGACAGACAAGUGACCAACAUACUUAGAGCAACAUGUAAACGUCCCCAGGAGAGGGAGCAGAGCAUACGUGAUAUGGUUCUGCAUAACAAGUAUGCAGAUGAUAGGUUUGCUCAGGAGUUUGGCAUCAAAGUUAGCAGUGAUCUAGUGACUGUUCCAGCCCGUGUGCUGCCUCCACCCCUGUUGAAAUAUCAUGACUCUGGUAGGGAGAAAACUUGUGCGCCAAGUGUUGGACAAUGGAACAUGAUCAAUAAGAAAAUGAUCAAUGGAGGAACUAUUGAUAACUGGACUUGUUUGAACUUUUCACGCAUGCGACCUGAUGAGGUACAGAGGUUCUGUAUGGAUCUGAUUCAUAUGUGCAAUGCAACUGGAAUGGUUGUCAAUCCACGUCCAUUUGUUGAUGUCAAGUCUGCAGCUCCUAACCAUAUAGAGAAUGCUUUGAGAGAUGUACACAGGAGAGCCACACAAAUGCUUGCCCAACAAGGAGUGGGAAAUCAGCUGCAGCUUCUAAUCGUAAUUCUGCCUGAUGUUAGUGGUUCUUAUGGUAAAAUCAAAAGAGUCUGUGAGACUGACAUUGGAAUUGUAUCUCAGUGUUGCUUGCCAAAGCAUGCUAGCAGGCCAAACAAGCAAUAUUUGGAAAAUGUUGCACUAAAAAUCAAUGUCAAGGUUGGUGGGCGCAACACGGUUCUUGAGCGAGCCUUUGUACGCAAUGGCAUACCCUUUGUGUCAGAAGUCCCAACAAUCAUCUUUGGCGCAGAUGUCACACACCCCCCACCAGGAGAGGACUCUGCAUCAUCCAUUGCUGCUGUGGUGGCAUCAAUGGACUGGCCAGAAAUCACCAAGUACAGAGGCCUGGUUUCUGCUCAACCACACCGACAAGAGAUAAUAGAAGAUUUGUUUACUGUCACUAAGGAUCCGCAGAAGGGGCACAAUGUUAAUGGUGGCAUGAUCAGGGAGCUACUGAUUGCUUUCCGCAGGAAGACAAACAGAAGGCCUGAGAGGAUAAUAUUCUAUAGGGACGGUGUAAGUGAAGGUCAAUUCAGCCAUGUACUUCUUCAUGAAAUGGAUGCCAUCAGAAAGGCUUGUGCUUCUUUGGAGGAGGGAUAUCUACCUCCAGUCACAUUUGUGGUUGUCCAGAAAAGACAUCACACAAGGCUUUUCCCUGAGGUUCAUGGAAGGCGUGAUAUGACUGAUAAAAGUGGAAACAUUCUUCCCGGAACUGUGGUUGACCAACAGAUUUGCCAUCCUACUGAGUUUGAUUUCUACUUGUGUAGUCAUGCUGGUAUUCAGGGAACAAGUCGGCCCACCCAUUACCAUGUCCUCUAUGAUGAGAAUCAUUUUACUGCUGAUGCACUGCAGUCACUGACCAACAAUCUUUGCUACACUUAUGCUCGUUGCACCCGUGCAGUAUCAGUGGUCCCACCAGCCUACUACGCCCACCUUGCCGCAUUCCGUGCACGCUACUAUGUGGAAGGAGAAAGCUCAGACGGUGGCUCAACCCCUGGCAGCAGCGGGCAGACAGUAGCCCGGGAGGGGCCUGUGGAGGUGCGUCAACUUCCGAAGAUCAAGGACAACGUGAAGGACGUUAUGUUCUACUGCUGA